GUGUGUGUGUGUGUGUGUGUGUGUGUGUGUGAUUAGGUGUCUGCUGUUCUAAUAAAGGAAAGCACUGCAUCCUUCACUGCCUCAUCAGAUGGCUUUGCUCGGCUGUGUUUGCCUGUCUGAGAUCUGUCCGUGUGUCUGUCAGGUCUGCAGUGGAGUUGGAUGGCUCGCAGCCUCUGGAUCAUCUGGAGAAGAGUGCGUUCAGGAAGGACGUCAUCUGUGUUUCUUGACUUUCUCUACGUAACAAGUGUGUUUGAGAACGAGUUUAAAGUAGAGUGAGAAACUAGAAGAUGUUAGUGUUUAUUUGACCUGGUGUAAAGUGUGUGUGUGUGUGUGUGUGUGUGUGUGUAUAUAUAUAUAUAUAUAUAUAUAUAUAUAUAAGAGCGAGACAGAGUGUGUGUGUGUGUGUGUAUAUGGUGUUGCCCACGGCAUUGGAAAUGCUGGGGUGUCCAGCAAGGUUAUUUUUGGAUCAGUGACAGCGUGUCAAUGGCUGCAGAUGCGUCGCAAAGGAAGGCUCUGAGGUACCAACAGACCCUGCUGUACGGCGAGUACAGGGAGCAGCUGGGAAGCUUCGCCCGACGGGAGGCUGCCCGUUUGCUGACAGAGAGACAAUGGAGAAGACAUGCAGGGGACAACACCACCUGCCGCAGAGGGCACGGUCGCAGGCAUCAUCAUCAUCACCCUGCGUUCCUGGAGUCUCAUCCCAGCCACGCCUCUUCCACCAAGAAGCCUCGUCCCUACUCCAAAUGUCAAGAUUGUUUUGCUCGUGUACGGCGGUACAUAGUGACCAAGAUGGGGGAUGACUGGAUAUUCCUGGUUCUACUGGGGCUGACCAUGGCUCUGGUUAGCUGGAGUAUGGACUACGCAAGCGCCAAGAGCCUGCAAGCCUAUAAGUGGAUGCAUGGGGAGCUUAAGGGCAAUGUGCCACUCCAGUACCUCGCCUGGGUUACCUAUCCCAUGAUCCUUGUCAUGUUUGCCUCGCUUUUCUGUCACCUGGUUUCCCCACAGGCCAUCGGUUCUGGUAUUCCAGAGCUGAAAACCAUCUUAAGAGGUGUAGUACUGAAGGAGUAUCUGACCCUUAAAGCCUUUGUAGCUAAAGUCGUCGGGCUGACUGCUGGCCUGGGCAGUGGGAUGCCAGUGGGCAAAGAGGGUCCAUUCGUCCACAUUGCCAGUAUUUGUGCUGCAGUGCUGAGUCGAUUCAUGUCCAUCUUCUCUGGAGUCUAUGAGAACCCUUAUGGUUACACAGAUAUUCUGACUGUUGGCUGUGCCGUGGGGGUGGGAUGCUGUUUCGGCACACCACUUGGAGGGGUGUUGUUCAGUAUUGAGGUCACGUCUACCUACUUUGCGGUGAGGAAUUACUGGCGGGGAUAUUUUGCCGCCACAUUCAGCGCCUUUAUAUUCAGGGUGCUCUCUGUGUGGAACAAGGAUGCUGUCACAAUCACAGCUCUCUUCAAAACUAACUUCCGGAUGGAUUUCCCCUUCGAUCUGCAGGAGCUGCCUGCAUUCGCAAUAAUAGGGAUCUCAUGUGGAUUCCUGGGGGCGUUCUUCGUCUACCUGAACAGACAGGUGGUUCUCUUCAUGCGGAGACCCACAGCGCUCACACGUUUUUUAACCAAACAUCGACUGAUCUACCCCGGUGCAGUGACACUGAUCAUCGCCACCAUAACGUUCCCACCUGGAUUUGGACAGUUUAUGGCUGGAGAGCUAAUGCCCAGAGAGUGCAUCAACUCCCUGUUUGAUAAUUUCACCUGGACCAAAAUCUCAGGAUCUUCUGCUCCACCCGGCCUGGGACGCUCAUCUGCUUGGAUUCAUCCUCAUGUCAGCGUCUUUGUCAUCCUCCUCCUCUUCUGCGUCAUGAAGUUCUGGAUGUCAGCAGUUUCAACCACAAUGCCCAUCCCCUCGGGUGCCUUUAUGCCAGUGUUCAUAUUAGGAGCUGCUUUCGGCCGCCUCGUUGGGGAGAUCAUGGCCACUCUUUUCCCAAAUGGAAUCCUGUUUGAUGGGAUAGUCUACCGCAUCCUUCCCGGUGGUUACGCUGUCAUAGGUGCGGCAGCAAUGACGGGAGCGGUCACACACACGGUUUCCACGGCUGUAAUCUGCUUCGAGCUGACUGGUCAAAUCUCUCACAUCCUGCCCAUGAUGGUGGCGGUCAUCCUAGCAAACAUGGUGGCCCAGGGUCUGCAGCCCUCUCUCUACGACUCCAUCAUCCAGGUGAAGAAGCUGCCUUACCUGCCUGAGCUGGCCCUUGGACACAUCAGCAAGUAUAACAUCUUUGUGGAGGACAUCAUGGUGCGCAAAGUGAAGUUCCUGUCUUCGCAAUCCACCUACCGAGAACUGAACCAUCUGCUGGAAACAACAACUCUGAAAACCAUCCCCCUGGUCGACUCUAAAGAAUCCAUGAUUCUUCUGGGAUCCAUCGAGAGAACGGAGCUUCAAGCCAUUUUUGACUGGUGGCUGUCACCAGAUAGGCGAGUCUUUGAAAGAGGUGAGAGCUCACCCGGCCAGGGCUCUAAAGUCAGCUGGGAGUCCUUCACCUUUGUAGACGAGGAGCACGGAGAGGAGAGCACAGACAAGACUGCUCCACUACAGGAAGAAUGCAAUGGGCCCAUCCCAGCCCCCAAACCUUCGGAGCCCUCCACCAACCACACAGGCUUAGACAAGCGCAAUCUGCCAUCUGUCAGGUUGGCCCUUCAGAGACUCUUUUCCUCCACGUCCUUGUCGGUGACUGAAAUUCAGGAGACCACGCCCCCUCCGCUGACGGACACCAUGUCCCCAGAGGAGAUCAAAGCCUGGGAAGAGGAAGAGCUGGAUAAACCAGUCGAUAUGGAGCAGAUACGAAUAGACCCCUCUCCGUUUCAGCUGGUGGAAAGGACUUCUCUGCACAAGACCCACACUCUGUUCUCUCUGCUGGGUCUCAGUCAUGCCUAUGUCACCAGUAUUGGAAAGCUGGUGGGUGUCGUUGCACUGAAAGAGUUACAGAAAGCUAUAGAGGGCUCAACUCGCAGCGGGGUGAGGCUUCGUCCCCCUCUAGCCAGCUUCAGAGAUGCCAGCAGGAAAACCAAGAAGCACCCACCUCCCUCAUCCCCCCCUUCCUCCCCUACUCGGGACAGAGACCUGUGGGGGGAGGGGAGCAAGAGGGAGGAGGAACUGGUGAUGGAGUCCAAGGGAGAUCCCGGGUGUGACUCUGCUCCCUCCUCUCCUGGCGGCAUAAGGAGCACCAAUAGCAGCUCUGCCUCCACAAGAGGCGCUGACGGUGCUUCUCAGGAGCCGGCGUCUCCAUCUACUUCCUCCCUUACCUCACCCUUCCCCCACGCCUUCCCUGGGUCACCCACCAGCCCUGUCCUCACAUUAUCCUCCCUGCAGGAGGACGGGGAGAGUGAGGAGUCAGAUGAGCCCAUCUAG